AUGGCCGACAUUUCCUCAACAUCUUCGACCACCGAGGACGAGCUCCCCCCGCCCCAAAAUGCGGACACAGAAAAGGCCUCAGCCACCGAGCCCGCCCACUCGCCUCAGCGGAGCAUGGCGCAGGCCAUCGGCCUCAUAGCGACAUGCACGACUGCCAUGGUCCUCAACUCUUCAAACUCGACCGCCGUCGCCAUCGCGCUGCCGACCAUCGGCCGCGAUCUCAACAUCCCGGAGUACCGUUUGCAGUGGGUCGUCUCUGCGUAUUCCCUCAGUUCGGGCUGUCUGCUGCUCUUUCUUGGCCGUCUCGCUGACCUCCAUGGCCGAAAGCUCUCUUUCCUGUUCGGCGCCUUCGUGUUAGGCGUGUUCGGAUUGGGAUGCGGUUUCGCCCAAGAUGAGAUCACGCUGGAUGUCCUUCGUGGGUUUCAAGGUAUCGGCGGGGCUGCGGUUAUCCCCGCUUCACUUGGCAUGCUAGCGCAUGCGUUCCCGCCGUCGCGCAUCCGCUCGAUCGCCUUCGCCACAUUCGCCGCAGGAGCACCGGUGGGCGCCGCCAUUGGGAGCAUCAUUGGCGGUGUGCUCACGCAGCUCACAGAGAAGACGUGGCGCUCCGUCUUCUAUUUCAUGACGGGCAUCUCUGCUCUGGUCUUCCUGGGCGGGCUCCUGACAUUUGACAAGGACAUGCCGUCGACGGAGCAGGAUAAACGCGUGGACUGGCUGGGCGCCUUCCUUGUCACGGCCGGCCUUGUGAUGAUCGUCUUCGUGCUCAGUGACGGGAACAUUGCGCCGAACGGGUGGAAGACAAGCUACAUUAUUGCACUGCUCAUCGUCGGCGUACUCCUCCUUGGCGUGUACGUCGGGUGGCAGUACUACCUCGAGCGCGUGCAAGACGAUCCCAAUGCACCGCGGAGCUGGUUGACGCCCCCGCCGCUGCUACGCAUCACGCUCUUCUCGCGCGGGAACGGGAAGCUCGCGGCGAUCCUCGCGAUCGCGUUCCUCGAGUACUGCGGGUUCAUGGCGUUCCCGUUCUGGCUGCAGCUGUAUUAUCAGGAUUACAUCGGGCUGAACCCGAUCCUGACGAUGGUGCGGCUCCUGCCCAUGUUCAUCACGGGCGUGCUGUGCAACGUCGCCGUCGCGCUCGUCGUGGGUUUCGUUCCCGUCGUCUACCUCAUCGUGCUCGGGACGACGCUGACGGGGGUGGCGAAUGUGCUCUUUGCGGUGAUUGACCCGGCGGCCACGUACUGGGCAUUCGGGUUCCCGGCAACGGUGCUGAUCGUGUUCGGCGCGGACUUUGUGUUCCCGUCCGGGACGCUGUUCGUCGCGCGGGUGUGUCUUCCGCACGAGCAGAGCGUCGGCGGGGCGCUGUUCCAGACGCUCACGCAGCUCGGCGGUGCGUUCGGGCUGGCGAUCACGACGAUCGUGUAUGACGCGACGCUCAAGCGCGUGUCGCUCCAGGACGGGGUGGUGAUCAAUGUCAACGGCACGAACGCGCCCGCGCCCGCGCAGCUGCGGGCGUACAAGGACGCGUUCUUCACCGCGUCGGCGUUCAACUUCCUCGGUGCGCUUUUGGCGAUCGUGUUCUUGCGCACGGCAGGCGUUGUCGGGGACAGCGGCAAGAGCGGAGACGGCGACCCCCCCGAACCCGAGGAAAAGGCGCCUGUGCGCAGUGAAUCGCCAUCGCUCGUGCCCUGA